CGAGUAUGUCCUUCGGCUUGCCUUUGACUCCUGCGGCCGAUUCGUGUCGAACCGCUCGACACGCUAUUUCACUCAUAGCCACCGCUCGACCACCGGCAUUCAUCACAACACUGGCCAAAGAGGUGGCCCGAUAUAACACACUUCAGCAAAACCCCCAGCAUUUAAAUAUAGCGUUACAUCAAUCGGUGUUAUGCCGGGGAAGACCUGAGAUACUCAGGAAUAUGGAAAUACUGAUCGACAAAAUGCAAACCGAUGUCUCGGAUCUCAUUAUCGAAGCCAUGGAUAUAAUCAUCCAUUCUUUGGAUCACAAUAUGCUUAAGACUAAAGGAUUGGGAGAAGUGUUUCCGACAGUGUGUCGCUUCCAGAACGUGACGUUCUGUACGUCAACCCGUCGGAUAGCAGUGGGCGCUAAAAACGGCAAUUUAGCCAUUUAUGAGUUGCGAGCGCCUAAGUCUCAGGUCAUACCGGCCCACACGGCCGCCAUUACCUGCUGUUCCUUCUCACCCGACGGCAAACAUCUGGUCUCCUAUUCUAUGGGCGAAAAUAAGGUGUCGUUUUGGUUGACAGCUGUGGGA